AUGCGGUUGGGCUCCGGGGCCUUCGCUGCUAGCUGCGUAGCGAUUGAAGUGCUUGGGGUCGCGAUCUUCCUGCGGGGAUUCUUCCCGGCUCCCGUUCGUUCCUCUUCCAGGACUGAGCACCGAGCAGAGCCCCCGGCGCCCGAGCCUGCUGCUGGAGCCCAUUCCAACUGGACCAAGCUACCACCUCCUCUCUUCAAUAAAGUUGUCAUUGUGCUGAUAGAUGCCUUGAGAGAUGAUUUUGUGUUUGGGUCAAAGGGUGUGAAGUAUAUGCCCUACACAAGUUAUCUUGUGGAAAAAGGAGCAUCUCACAGUUUUGUGGCUGAAGCAAAGCCACCCACAGUGACUAUGCCUCGAAUCAAGGCAUUGAUGACAGGGAGCCUCCCUGGCUUUGUAGAUGUCAUCAGGAACCUCAAUUCUCCUGCACUACUGGAAGACAGUGUGAUCAGACAAGCAAAAGCAGCUGGGAAGAGAGUGAUCUUUUAUGGAGAUGAAACAUGGGUUAAGUUAUUUCCAAAGCAUUUUGUGGAAUAUGAUGGAACAACCUCAUUUUUUGUGUCAGAUUAUACAGAGGUAGAUGAUAACGUCACAAGGCAUUUGGAUACAGUAUUAAAAAGAGGAGAUUGGGACAUGCUAAUCCUCCAUUACCUGGGCCUGGACCACAUUGGCCACAUUUCUGGGCCCAACAGCCCCCUGAUUGGGCGCAAGCUUAGUGAAAUGGACAGCAUCCUGAUGAAGAUUCACACCUCACUGCUGUCCAAGGAGAGAGAGACUCUCUCACCCAGUUUGCUGGUUCUUUGUGGGGACCACGGCAUGUCGGAGACGGGGAGUCAUGGGGCCUCUUCCACAGAGGAAGUAAGCACACCUCUGAUCCUAAUCAGCUCUUCAUUUGAAAGGAGACCCGGGGACAUCCGACACCCAAAGCGUGUCCAGCAGACUGAUUUGGCUGCAACACUGGCAAUUGGACUUGGUUUGCCAAUUCCUAAAGACAGUGUGGGGAGUCUCUUAUUCCCAGUUGUAGAAGGGAAACCAGUGAGGGAACAACUGAGAUUCUUACACCUGAACACAGUGCAGCUCAGCAAGUUGCUGCAGGAGAACAUGCCAUCUUAUGAGAAAGAUCCCGGAUUUGAGCAGUUUAAAAUGGCAGAAAGGUUGCAUGGGAACUGGGUCAAACUACACUUGGAGGAAAACCGUUCAGACGUCCUGCUCAGCCUUGGAACCAAGGUGCUCAGGCAGUACCUGGGUGCACUGAAGACCCUGAGUCUGUCUCUGAGCACACAAGUGGCCCAGUACGAUAUCUACUCGAUGGCAGUGGGGACUGUCGUGGUUUUGGAGGUUCUCACCCUGCUCCUCCUCAGCACCCCACAGGCGCUGUGCAGAGGGGCUGACCUGGAAGUUCCUCUGCGGUCUCCUGUGUUUUCCCUGCUCUUUUAUUUGGUAUUCCUAGUUCUUUCGGCUAUUCAUGUCAUAGUGUGCACCUCAGCCACAAGUUCCUGCUACCUCUGUAGCCUCCCAUGGCCAGUGGCAGGAGGGCUGAUGGUUCUGGUUUCCGCACUGCUCUGUGCAAUUGUCUCCACUCUCACCAGGACUGUCAUCGAGAGCACUCUCCUGAGGAAGAAUGCAGCUCUCCCCAGCUCCAGAUGGUCAGAGAUGGAUCUUCUCCUGAUGCUGGGCACAGCAGGCCACGUCCUGAGCCUGGGUGCCAGCAGCUUUGUGGAAGAGGAGCAUCAGACCUGGUACUUCCUGGUCAAUACCCUGUGUCUGGCUCUGAGCCAAGAAACCUGCCGUAGCUGCUUUCCAGGAGAUGACAGCAAGCCUCAGCACAGUGUCCACAUGCUGCAGGACAGUGCAGUCUACAGAGCCCCCAUACUCCACAGAGCAGGCCACACCUCCCCCUCCUCAGAAGCACUUGGGGGCCACACACGGUGGGCUAUCCUGGCAAGCCCCUGGCUGGUGCUGGCCUGUUGCCGAUUGCUACGGUCCCUGAACCAGACAGGAGUGCAGGGAGCCCACAGGCCUGACCUCGGCCUCUGGCUCACCAGCUCUGACCACAAGGUGGAGCUCUCUGGUCUGGCCGCUCUCUCCCUGCUGGUGAUCUUCUUGUUGGUUCAGAGAGGGUGCUCCCUGGUGUCCAGAGCAGCUUUGGCACUGGGGCUGCUGGGUGUUUUCUGCUACAGGGCAGCCAUUGGGAAUGUGCUGUUUCCAUGGCAACCAGGCAACAAAGGCUUUUCAAAGGGUAUUAUUGAAGCUCGUUUUGUUUAUGUCUUUGUCCUUGGCAUUCUGUUCACGGGCACCAAAGACUUGCUUAAAUCCCAAGUCAUUGCUGCAGACUUCAAAAUCAAGACUGUAGGUUUGUGGGAGAUAUAUAGUGGAUUAGUUCUUCUGGCAGCAUUGCUCUUGAGACCACAUAAUCUUCCGGUAUUAGCCUUUAGUCUCUUGAUUCAGACUGUAAUGACUAAAUUCAUCUGGAAGCCUCUGAGACAUGAUGCAGCUGAGAUUACUGUAAUGCAUUAUUGGUUCGGUCAAGCAUUCUUCUAUUUUCAGGGAAACUCCAACAACAUUGCCACCAUUGACAUCUCAGCAGGCUUCGUGGGUUUAGAUACCUAUAUGGAAAUUCCAGCCACAUUCCUGACAGUGUUUGGGACAUAUGUAGGUCCUGUGCUGUGGGCCAGCCACUUGGCACACUUCCUGAGCUCAGAAGCAAGCAGAUCCAGUGAGAUAUCCCUGCUGCUGCUCAAGGGUGUUCUUGGGAGCCGUCGUGGGAGCCCAGGACAUGUGGGGCCGGCCUUCCUCUGUGCCAGGCCAGCAGGUUUCGCACUGCUGCCUUGGCCUCCAAAGCUCUACUGAUUCAGAAGAAGAAGGCAGCCUGAGAAGAGCUAGGCAAGAGGACUAAGACAUGGAAGCUUCAUCACCCAGGAGCGGCAGUCAGUGACAUUCAGUGACUAGAUUCACAGCUCUGGGUGGGAGGUCGUGAGGGUAUGUGGGGGGACACUCUCAAACUCUACCGCCUCGUCUGGACCUUGGUGAGAGCCAGAACUUCUCCCUACAACCCUCUCCUCAAUGGUCAUCCGCUCCACACCAGGAAAAGCCUGCCUUGGUUCCAGACCUGAUCCCUGUUACCGCUGUUUACCGGUGAUGAGUCCUUGCUUCCCAAAUGCCGAAGUAUAACACCAGAGAAGCACGUGGAGGCAAGCCGAGAGUGGAAAGUGGAAGGCUUUAUUAUUAAAGGACAGCAGAAAAGACUUCUCCAUGGAGGAAGAAGGACCCCAAAGGCUGAAUCCUUGGAAGGGUAAGGUCUUCCCUUUUUAUAGCUAGGGUCUUCUUUUAGUCCUCCCACACUCCAGUCCUUUGUUUCCCUCUAUCCUGCAGUGAUAGAAUGCAGGUGGGAAGGCCAAAAGGUGGGAGGUAGGUGGGCUGAAGGAGUACUUUGGGCAGGAUGGGCCUGGGGCCAUUUUUGAUUAGUACCUCUGUGUUUGCUGGGAGCUGCUUCAUUAACAGUUCCUUAGGAUGGGAUCUGGGCCUUAGGGACAUUAACAUUCCAAUUUCCCCAAUUGCAACUCUGGUUUCCUGGACCCCAUUCUCCAUAAUGGUCUCCAUUGUCUUUAUCUUCCUCCAUGUUAGAUCCAAUUUACCUAACUACACUAACUACCUAUCUUUAAAUCUGGCCUCUCCCUACGACCCUCUCAACAGUCAUCCAUUCCACACCAGGAAAAGCCUGCCUUGGUUCUGGACCUGAUCACCAUGGUCUAAGUGAGUGUGCAUCUGCUGGACAUAAAGCCUAAGGCUUAAGACUUUUGAACUUAGCACGCAGAAGAAAUGUCUGUCAUUAACCUGUCAGGAUUAAGUGUGUUUUGCAGUGCUUAGAAUUAAUCUAGAAUUGUUUGCUGUGAAUUGAUUAUUAAUCUAUUGCAGUGCCUAGCAUUAAGGAUUGUGGUUUU